UCCUUUAUUGACAUGGCACCAAAGAAGAUUGAACCAAAAAAACCUGAGCCCAAAAAGCCAGAGCCUAAGAAAGAUGCAGCUCCAGCUGCUAAGCAAGCUCCACCUCCAGAGCCAGUGCCUGAGCCUCCCAAGGAACCUGCAUUUGACCCUAAAAGCAUCACUCUUGAGUACUCGGCUGACCAGAUCGAGGAGUUCAAGGAGGCCUUCACCUUGUUCGACCGCACACCAACUGGAGAAAUGAAGAUCACGUAUGCCCAGUGUGGAGACGUGAUGAGAGCUCUGGGCCAGAACCCUACCAAUUCAGAUGUGCUCAAAGUACUUGGAAAACCACGACCAGAGGAAAUGAGCUCUAAAAUGGUAGACUUUGAGACCUUCCUGCCAAUGCUGCAACAUAUCUCCCGUGCAAAAGAUCAAGGCAAUUUUGAGGAUUUUGUGGAGGGUCUCAGGGUUUUUGACAAGGAAGGCAAUGGCACCAUCAUGGGAGCAGAGCUGCGUCACGUGCUGGCAACACUGGGAGAGAGGAUGACAGAGGACGAAGUGGACAGACUGAUGGCUGGACAGGAGGAUGCCAAUGGCUGUAUCAACUAUGCCUCAUUUGUAAAGCAUAUUCUCUCUGGAUGA